GGAAAACCCUUCCCAACAGUAUGCUAUAUAUGGUAUCGAGGCAUACAUAGAGACCAAACAAGGUGCUAUAUUUACGUUGCCAUCAGGGCCAAAAAAGGGUUCGCUGAGAACAACUUUUAUUCUACAUUACCGCUUCCGUUUCUAGGCCGGAGGCAAGUGAUAAACCACAACGUUGUGGUUAAACCACAAAAUAUACGGUGUCCUACAAAAAUAAUUGACUGAUAUUGCAAAUACUUCAGUGUAUAUUUGCACUCACGUACAACACAUAUUGUAAAAGCAGCUUGAAUCGCUUUUAAUCCAUUGUAGGUCGGUGUCACGUACAUAAACAUUGGAACGACUUCGUUUUUGUUCAAGUCAUCCUAAAAAAUGUAUGCUUAAAUUAAACAAAUCCUACAUAAACACCAAGAUCACUUUAAGAGGCAACCAACUGGAAAAUCAGCCUUGAAAUUUCUAUAAAGUUCUUGCUGUAUUUGCUCAUUUGGGCACUCAGACUAAAGCGAGUUGUCAAGGCAGGGAUUUUUUCCUCUUUUCUCAAAAGCGAGCAAGUGACACCAAGAUAUAAAAGCUUUCUAUUUAGCGUUUACUCAGACGCGCUACAUGUCAUAAUCGGUUCUCGAGAUUAGAAGCAUUAAUUAAAAGGCUUGAUGAGAGGCUUCCCAAGAACAAAGAACUAGUGUGAUGGGUUGGUAAACAAUGCGAAACAAAUGAAAUCUCGCCAAUUUUCUCUUAGUGAUGACGAGAACGCCACAAAGCCGAGACACUCUUAAAACUUAUUUCAAAAGGUAAUGAAAAACAAAUUGAAGCUACACUCAUAAAACAAAGCAAUUGGAAUGACCUUCAAACCACGACCACUCAAAAGGUUAUUUCAUUAUAUCUCAACAUGAGACAGGGCAAUAAAGCUCGAUAAUGCUUCUGUCAAUGGACUGUCAUUGAGAGCAAUCAAUUGGAACAAUACAAGUGGACAGGUUGAUAUAACUGUUUUCUUUGCCAAUCUUGUCUGCUCGUUUCCCGUUGCAUUGUUGGUUCGCCAAAGGCGCUAAUUUCUUUUGUAACAUGACCUGAUGCGUUCUCAUACCCAACAAGCUCUGACGCGACACAGACGUGUGUUUUACACCUGGUGAAGAAUAGCUUCGACUCCGCGUUUUCUUUCGUAGCACGGUGAUCUGUCGACGAUGUUGAAAUUUGCAGUCAAGCGAAAGCCCGUUGAAUUGUUCCACGAAGCCGUGACGAGCAGGGACAUCUUUCGAGCACAGCUUUUGCUCGAACAGAACGAAGAACAUUUCUACGUCGAUGACAUUGACGAAGAUGGUAUUACAGCUCUACAAAGGUCCUGUUUCACCGGACCUCUCAAGCUUGUGCAACUGCUAGUAACAUCUGGCGCCGAUCUAAAUAUUCAGGAUAAAGAAGGUUGGAGCGUGAUGCAUGCCGCAACCAUAGCUCGCAAUCACUCCAUCAUGCGCUACCUUAUUACCAUGGGGGCCGCAGUAGCCUUACAGAACGAUCAAGGCGAACUUCCUUUAGAUCUGGCGGGAGACCUGCAAUCGGUGAUAAUACUCGCUAAAGCCAUGCGGCGACGAGGAAUGGCUAAAGACGUGGAAGAAUACUUUAACCGAAGGCCUGAAGUAAGAGAACUUAUUGUGGAAAAGCUACGAGAAAAUGAGGUGAUAAGCUUGGCGCAAGAGCGACAGAGAGCAGCGAGCGAAGUUUUAUCUUCAAAUAUUUCGUGGUCUGAAACGCAAAACAGGCGCAGUUCCGUAGACGCAGUAAACUACCCCACAACCCCAACCGCAACUGUCGAAACAAGAGAUGAAGAUCUGGAGAGCUCAAUGGACAUUCCACGUCUCAAUGGUGUAGCAUUACCCUCUCGAAAUAUACACGCGAAAAGCCGGCUCGGAUGGGAAGUUGGUUGUGGGGAAACAGUGUGUCCGAAAUGCGGAAAGCGCCGAGAAGAUGCCUUGAAAAGGCAAUCGACAUCAUCACUGUGUUCCAACUCCUCUGACGAAUCUUCAUCUGACUCGGCCUACAGUUCGGCAUCCACGAACUCUAGCGCUAAUAUGUUCAGUUUUGAGAGGGAGGGAACAAUAACAACAGCCAAGAAAAACAAUAAUUCAAGAGCGGACAAUUUAUUUCCAGAUCGGUUACGUGCGUCUUCUGUGGACUACACGGUGUCCGGAAAUCGUCCAAACCGCGAGCAUGAAACGGAUGAACAAUUUCAACCGCGACGAUAUUCGUCCCCGGCGUUGUUUGCAAGCGAGCGUGCUUACAUGCCUAGAGCUCCGAGAGCCACGGUCGCGAACGCAAUCAAAGAAGUUGAGGACGUAAACGAAUUGAAUAGGUAUGGCGUUUCGCUUCUUCACGAAGCUGCGGCGAAAGGCGAUACCGAAGGUGUGAAGUUACUGCUCGAACAUGGCGCAGAAGUCAACAGACAGUCUUUGAACGGAAGUAGUCCGCUACACGAGGCUGUACGCGAGGGGAAUGCAGUGACCGCGUCGAUAUUGAUCGAAUAUGGCGCAGAUUUGUUUACCGAAAUGGACAACGGGAUGUUGCCGAUAGAUUUAGCCCCAGAUGUUGAUAUGAAACGGUUCAUUGAAAAUGCAAUGACUUUGAAAUAAUUGUAUGCAUGCACGUGUAGUAAGGAAGUUUUUUUGGAAUUUUAGUAUCAAUUAUUCAUCAGGAGGAGCAGUGAUGUUUCUAAAAAUACCGCAAUGUAUUUUUUUAUCAGUAUUUUGAAUUAUGUAACUUGCUGAACUCGAUAAUUUACAACGCUAAGAUUAAAAUUUUCAAAGCCCAUUGUCAAAGACCCGGCGUAUGGCAAUCUGUAGACUUGUAGCAUUAAAAUUGCAAUUAUAA